GUAUACAUGUGAAGUGUUACGACAGAAAAAGGAACCUGUGACCACUGGAGAUUGAUGGAUCGCAGUUGACAAUAAAUGAAGAUGGACUAAUUAAUGAGCUCUUUCCUGCUGGAGAACUGUGGAAUUUUAUUGCAAAAAGACUGAAUCUCUCAACCCAGCUGAUAGUAAAAAAGGAUCCUUCCUGUGGCUCCUAUGAUAAUGGCCAAUGGUCAGGGAUGGUAGGUGAUGUCAAUGAAGGAAAAGCACAUGUUGGGCUCUCAUUAUUCACAAUGUCUGCAGCAAGGACAUCAGUGGUUUCAUUUACAACACCUAUAUUUCUUGGAAGGUACUAUAUAUUCAUCAGAAGUGAUGGAAUUACUCAGUUGGGUCCAAAUCCACUGGAGCUUCUUGUUCCACUGAAACAUGAUUUGUGGCUGGCUAUUAUGUUUACUUUAUUUGCCUAUACCAUUGUCAUGGGAGGUAUAUUUUAUCUACAGAGGAAACCAUUAUGUGAUGCUAUCUUUUCAGUCAUUGGAGCAUUUGUUCAGAAAUAUGAUGAAACUACUAGUUACCACCACAGGAUCACAUCAGAACAAUGCCUACGAUUUGCAGCUUAUAUCACAGGGUCUGUCUUGCUAUCAGCGUAUUCUGCAGGGAUUAUCUCCAUACUUACUGUCAGUGAGCAAAAGCUACCAUUUCAGAAUUUUGCUGAAAUUGAACAGGAUGGUUCAUAUAUGCUGAGCGUCACUGGAAACUCCUUCGAGUAUGAUUUUUUUAAGCUGUCACAGCAAAAGCUCCUGCAAAAGUUGUUCAGUAAACAAAUGGACAUUCAUAAUCCACCAAGAACAAAACCUGAAGGUCUAUCUAGAGUGUGCACAGAAAACAAGUAUGCCUUCCUGUCAACUGAUCUGUCCAUACAAAGCUCAUGGAAUCAUCAAAACUGCAAUGUUAUAGCAGUUCCAAUUGAUAUGUUCCGCUGUACUCUUGCACUGAUAUUAAGAAAAAAUAGCCCAUAUAUUGGAGCCAUGAAUUUCCACAUCCAGAUAUUAAGAGGAGCUGGUUUGCUGAAUCAUAUGUUAAUUUUUUACAAUAUUCGUGAUACAUCAUCUCACCAGUUGGAAGUUGAAAGCAAUGUCAUGGAAAUCAAGAAUGUUGUUCCUAUUAUCUGUUGGAUCAGGAGCAUGCCACUCCUACUCAUCAGAUAA